UUUCAUAAACACUAUUUGUACUCCCCUUAAAAAAAAGGCUUUCCUAAAACAGUAAAAUAUCUCCUUUUUGUUUUCUUCUUUCUCUCUCGCCUUCAUCAUGGAUUAUAAACAGACUUUGUUUGAAAUUCAAAAGAGACCUGGUAAUCGUCUUUGCUUUGAUUGUUCUGCACCUAAUCCUCAAUGGGCAAGCGUAAGUUAUGGCAUCUUCAUUUGCUUAAACUGUUCAGGAGUUCAUCGAUCCUUUGGUGUUCAUAUCAGUUUUGUCAGAUCAAUCACUAUGGAUAAAUGGUUUGAUGACCAAUUGAAAAAGAUGGAUAUUGGAGGCAAUGAAAAAGCCAAGGAGUUCUUUGAGUCACAACCAGAAUACUCAACCAACAUGACAAUCACACAAAAAUAUCAUAGUCGGUUCGCAACAGCUUAUCGACAAAAGGUAAAAUUGAGAUAUAAGAACAUAUAGAUUUUGUUAAAGAUAACAAAAAU